GUUUUUAUCACCAAGUCUCCCUGACCCAAUCAGCUGUUUUACUCUUAGUUUCUUUGAGCAAUAAAGGAUGAGGCUUGCAUUAUUUUGCAAGUUGUAUUAUAAAUUAUUACCUACAAUGAAAUGAAAAUAUUUAGCAGCAUUAUUGUAAUUCCACCUUUUUUGGAAACAUAAAUCUGAUAAUUAAGAGUCCACGUCCAUAACUCACUAAUUAUGUACAAUUCAACUCCACUCCUGCUUUUAAUAAUUUUUGUUGGAUAUACUGAUAUCUGCAGUGCUGAAGGAAACAAGACACAUGACUGGGAUAUUCUAAUUUUAACACAACAUUGGCCAUUAACAGUUUGUCUUCAAUGGAAAGAAUCGCUUCCACAACACUCAUGUAAUUUAAAAAACUUCUGGACAGUGCAUGGAAUCUGGCCUACUAAACUGGGAACAAAAGGUCCAGAGUUCUGUAAUUCAUCCAUGCACUUCAAUCAAACCCAACUGGAGCCAAUAGAGAAACAGCUGGAACAGUACUGGACCAAUAUUCACAACGGAAGUAUAUACACAUUAUGGAAACACGAGUGGAAGAAACAUGGCACAUGUGCUGCUACAUUGCCUGCUCUUGAUACAGAAAACAAAUAUUUUGGUCAAGGUCUGAAGUGGAUAAAACAGUAUGAUAUGUCAAACAUCUUGGGAAAAUCAGGAAUUGAACCGAGUAAUCAAGGUCACACACCACAGGAUGUUUGGAAUGCAGUGCAGAAAAGCGUGGGUAAAAAUCCCACAGUCCAAUGUUUUGUUGAUCCAAAAACAAAGAAGACAUACCUCUUUGAAAUCAGAAUCUGUUUCGACAAGAAUCUGACUCUGACUGAUUGUGAUGGAAUUAAGGGACCAUCAGAUCCAACAACUGGCAUACAAACAAAUUGUCCUUUACAGAAAACAAUAAUAUAUCCCAGCAUGCUUCCUCCUGAGUACAGUAAGCCAUUCUACACUAUCACAACUCCAGCAUAUUUGCAGCAUUCCUGGCUGUUGGAAGCUUUGCGAAUCAUACAAUUUCUUCAGUGGGUGACACUUUAAAAAUCAUCCAAACUUGCUAAUAGUUUCCCAAUAUUGUGCUGAAUAUAAGUUAACCAAAGCUUUUGCAGGAUUACAUUCUAGAAGAUAAAAGUCUUUUGAUUCAGCCUGCCUUGCUAAGAAGACAGUAAAAUAAUGGGAAUAAAUUAAAGAGUACACCGACAAGAAAUUUUUUAUCGAUGACAAUAUAGCAUUUCUCCUCCUACACAUACAGUAUGUGCAUAUAUGACAAGAAAUUACCAAGUUAAUGAGAAGUUAUCAUUCAUUUCGAUUCAUCUCUUCUUCAAACAAUUAAUAUACCGAUUUACUGGAAGUAUUAAAGAUUAUCUAUGUACAAUUGACGUGAUAAUGAGAAUGGUUUUUGCAAAAAAAAAAGCGUUUAACUUAUAUUUGGUAGAAUA